GUCCACACUCCGCAUACACCUGACUGCCGCCUAUUGAUUUCUCGCGACUUACCGAAACAAUCGCGCCACAGUCCCAAAGUUCUUCCGCACUGUAUCACAAUGUCUUCUCGACACCUUGCUCAACAAGCAUUCGCGUCGCUAUGGAGCAUCCCGGGCCUGGCAGGGGCGCCAUCAAGCCUUUUCCGGCUUCUGAGCCAUACCUCUAGCCUGCGUAUGCCCGAUGUAGUGGUGCCGCCAAUGGGCGAGUCCAUCAAGGAGGGCACAAUUGCGGCAGUGCUCAAGCAGGUUGGCGCGGCUGUGCGCGAGGACGAGGUGAUUGCACAGAUCGAGACGGACAAGGUGACCAUUGACGUCAAGGCGCCGGCGGCCGGCUUCCUGCACAAAGUCCUAGUCAAGCCUUCCGACCUGGUGACGGCGGGCCAGCUCGUGGCGGUGGUGGGCGCGGAGGCGGUCGCCGGCGGCGCAGCUUCCGCCGCCGCGACACCGGCAGCGCCAGCGGCAGCCGCCGCGGCAGCACCCGCAUCCACGUCGGGCCGCGCGCCGGCCAUCAAGUUCCCGCCGCGCGUGACGGCGGCGGGCGUGCGCAUCAGCUCCCUGUCUGACGGUGAGUACGAGAAGGCCCUGGCAGCGGCCAGCACCGCGUCCACGCCCGCAGCAGCCGCAGCGCCGGCAGCCGCUACCCCUGCAGCAGCUGCCCCCACCAUGGCGGAGGCCAAGCCUGCUGUGGCGCCGCACCCCAUGUCCGCUAUGAAGGCGGCCACCAUGGGCGCGGCCAAGAACAAAAACCGCCUCACGUACGUGACGCGGCCGGACGGCCGCGGCGGGCCGCCGCGCCGUGAGCUGACGGCCCGUGAGCUGGAAUUGAUUAACCUGGGCGGGGCGCAAUGAGCAGUGCUCCAGGGGGCAUCAGCGAUGGAGGCUGCUGUGGUUGGGACUGAGGGUUUCAGGUGGGGUGGGAAAGGCAGGGCAACGUGACAAGGCCGCUAGGUGAGAGGCGAAUGGGGGAUUGUUGCAAAUCCGGCAGCUUGCUUCUGAGUGCGAGCGCCUGUUUGGAUACAAUGGCUUAUCAAUUUGAAUGACUUCUGGGGUGAUGAGGGGUCUGGCGCGAGCCACUGCUGCGCUGUAGCUGCAUGCGUUGUUAAGGAUGGCGCAUAGCACGCCGCUGAGGUGACGGGGCUGCCGCGCUCUGUGUGGAUGAGGCAGGGGUUCCCCUCAGCUGAGGCAACCAUGCUGCCGUGGCAAGGCGGCGCGUUAAUGUGCUCCGUUGCUCACGGUCACAGGCGUGCAUAGGCUGCAUUACGCUGCGUGUCGCUUAUUACUCUGGACGCCCUCUGCUUCGGGUGGGGCUAUGCCAGUGCCGUGCGCACCUCGUGCAAGUAGACUAUGGUACCAAGGUAGACCCAGCUUGAUUCCACGCGUGAUCCAUGUUAGUGCGUAGGCUCAUAGAAAGACACACCGGUGAGAAAGACACAUGGAGGCGCGGCACUGCGGACGCUGCGGAGAAAGGCACAUGGAGGCGUGCCGGUGUGUUCCGGCAGUGCUGCUGACAUGCAACUGUGUUGACCGUUGACAUGCCCGUGCCGUAAGUGCCCCAGCGACGAGUUCGUGGCCCCUAGCAGUGGCUUGACAUGGGGCUUUGGGCCCACAAUUAAGCCAUGUGAGCA